ACACCUGGUUCCUCCUGCCUUGGGGCUGUCUUAAUGACAUCUCUGAUGUUUCUCCCAGAGUCAGGAAGUACAGAAGUAGGUUCCUGAAGCUUGCUGGUCUGGAUUGCCAAGAAGAAUCUUAGAAAUGAGGGGCAGUGCUCAUCUCUAGCUGCCAAGACACUGAGUUAGAGACAGGAAUACCAGGAGGCCCUGGUCCAUCCAGAUCUAAGCCUUCCCUAAACUUCCGAGCUGGGAAGGGAAAACAAGAUUGUUCCUCCUGUGACCACCUUAAUCUCAAAUUUAGGAGACAGGAAACUGCAGGACAACUCGCUCAUCCUGGGGACUGGAGCAGCUGCAAGGAGACAGGUGGGGGUGCAGUGAGCUGAGGGUUGUGAGAAGAUCUGGUAGAGCUGGCUGGUCAGGGACUGGCAGGUGGAGCCAGUUUGAGGGCCUGGCUGCUGAUGUCAUCUGUCUGCAGCCUGGGGUACUGGGAUCUUCCUGUCAAAUAUGAGUUCUAGGCCCAGGGUCCAGUUCUCCAACGCCAUGCCUGCUGGGUACCACAAGAGAGCUUGGCAGCAAGGGUCUGUGAGAGCGAAAGUAAGCAUCUCUGCUUGGAAAUGAAUUUGCCCUACAGGGCUGUGAAUGGAAGAGGAUCCCCUCUCUAUGCUCUCUGAAUCCGCAAUGUGGCAAGAAUCAAGUUGGUGUUAGGGGUCCAUCACCAAAAGCCUUCCAUUUCCAUCUCAGCCCCAGAUCUGACAGGACUUGACCUGGCCCCCCUCUUUAGCAUGAUCUCAGUUCCUAGAAAGGAGAAAGUCCCGCCCCUACUUGGGGACAGCCCCCAGAGACUGGCCUCUUGACCGACCAGGGAUGAAGCAACCACCCUACCUACCCCUUUUCCCAGAAGCUCAGCCCCGCCCACCGUCCCCUCAUAAACCACUUACCGGGGCCCGCCCUACACCUUCCAUUCGUGUGGCUGCGUCCAGCCUGUCGGUCCCGUCCCAUACGCCCUGACCUGCUCCACCCGGGCCCGGGGCCCAGUGGUGCCAUCACCAACACCGCUGCCAGGUGAGAGGCUCCAGCGUCCACCUCGGUGCUGAGCCACAGCAGGUCGUCGCUGUUGGGACAAGCCCAAGCUCAGAAAGGCAGGCUCUUCAGUGCGUAACUGCUGUGGGCUGAGACCCUGUUUUCGUGGAGCAUUCUCUGCUUGCGCCUGCUGUGCCCUCUCCACAGCUCUGCUGACCUUUUCCUUGAUGCGAGGAAUGUGGGGGACUUUGCCUCCUAAGCCACCUACCUGUCUUUUUAUGGGAUGAACUCUGUUGAAUGGUCCUAAAAGCUGGACCUCUAAAGGGACCAGUAUAGUGAUUGGUGUUAGGAGCUGUGACUGGUGAACACUUAGGGAACAGUGCGUUUCCUCAGAUGGAGCCUCGAGGGUUUCUCUACUGGACAUUGUUUUUGGAUGUGAUUUGGGAGUGUCAAUGGCAAAGGUGAAAAAAGGAAGAUUUUUCUCUGCAGGAUAGGAUGCUUUUUCUGGGUAACUGGAUAGGGUCUUUGGGGCAUCUCCGGGUUAGAAUAAGAUUAUCUCAGUCACCUAGCUGGUACUGAACCAAUUUAUCUGAAGAGUUUCUGGAUGGGUGGGAUGGGCAUCCUGGGCACAGGCGAUCUGAAUGGGUUAGAGCAUUCCUGCCUCUUCUUCACAGGCACAAUGGAAGGUCCUCGCUCAGACGUGGGCCGCUGGGGUGGGAACCCCUGGCAGCCCCCCACCACACCGUCGCCAGAGCCGGAGCCAGAGCCAGAUAGACGCUCGCGUUCCCGCCGAGGAGGAGGCCGCUCCUUCUGGGCUCGCUGCUGUGGCUGCUGCUCGUGCGGGAACAGAGCUGAUGAUGACUGGGGGCCUGAACCUUCUGGCUCCAGAAGCCGAGGGUCCAGCUCUCGGGGUGGCCGGAGACCUGAGUCUCGGGGCAGUACUGUAAACGCAGCUGGAGAUGGCAUCAUCCGAGAGGGAAUGCUGGUUGUGACUGGUGUGGAUCUGCUGUGCUCACGCUCGGACCAGAACCGCCGAGAGCACCACACGGAUGAGUUUGAGUAUGAUGACCUGAUCGUGCGUCGUGGGCAGCCCUUCCACAUGGUUCUCUCCCUGAACCGAGAAUAUGAGUCCUCUGAUCGCAUUGCCCUUGAGCUUCUCAUCGGGAACAAUCCUGAGGUGGGCAAGGGUACCCACGUGAUCAUCCCAGUGGGCAGAGGGGGCAGCGAUGGCUGGAAGGCCCAAGUGACCAAGACCAGUGGACACAACGUAAACCUACGCGUCCAUACCUCCCCUAAUGCCAUCAUCGGCAAAUUUCAAUUCACUGUCCGCACACGCUCAGAAGCUGGGGAGUUCCAGUUACCCUUUGACCCCCGCAAUGAGAUCUACAUCCUCUUCAACCCCUGGUGCCCAGAGGACUUAGUGUAUGUGGACCAUGAGGACUGGAGGCAAGAAUAUGUGCUAAAUGAGUCUGGAAGAAUCUACUAUGGAACCGAAGCACAGAUUGGCGAACGGACCUGGAAUUAUGGCCAGUUUGAUCAUGGGGUGCUGGAUGCCUGUUUGUACAUCCUGGAUCGGAGAGGGAUGCCAUAUGGAGGCCGUGGGGACCCAGUCAGUGUCUGCCGGGUCAUCUCAGCCAUGGUGAACUCCCUGGAUGACAAUGGAGUCCUGAUUGGGAACUGGACUGGCGAUUACUCUCGAGGCACCAACCCCUCAGCGUGGGUGGGCAGCGUGGAGAUCCUGCUUAGCUAUCUACGCACCGGCUAUUCUGUGCCCUAUGGCCAAUGCUGGGUCUUUGCUGGUGUUACCACCACAGUGCUGCGAUGCCUGGGCCUUGCUACCCGUACUGUCACCAACUUCAACUCUGCCCAUGACACAGACACAUCCCUCACUAUGGACAUCUACUUUGAUGAGAAUAUGAAACCACUUGAGCAUCUGAACCAUGAUUCUGUUUGGAACUUUCAUGUGUGGAAUGAUUGCUGGAUGAAGAGGCCAGAUCUACCCUCAGGCUUUGAUGGGUGGCAGGUUGUGGAUGCCACACCCCAGGAAACCAGCAGUGGCAUCUUCUGCUGUGGCCCCUGCUCCGUGGAGUCCAUCAAGAAUGGCUUAGUCUACAUGAAGUAUGACACGCCCUUCAUUUUUGCCGAGGUGAACAGUGAUAAGGUGUACUGGCAACGACAGGAUGAUGGCAGCUUCAAGAUUGUGUAUGUGGAGGAAAAAGCCAUUGGCACGCUCAUUGUCACAAAGGCCAUCAGCUCCAACAUGCGCGAGGACAUCACCCACAUCUAUAAGCACCCAGAAGGCUCAGAAGCAGAGCGGAAGGCUGUGGAGAAGGCUGCUGCCCAUGGCAGCAAACCCAAUGUGUAUGCCACCCGGGACUCUGCUGAGGACGUGGCAAUGCAAGUGGAGGCACAGGAUGCUGUGAUGGGACAGGAUCUGGCCGUCUGCGUGGUGUUGACCAAUCGCGGCAGCAGCCGCCGCACUGUAAAGCUGCACCUCUACCUCUCUGUCACCUACUACACGGGUGUCACUGGGCCUACCUUCAAGGAGACCAAGAAGGAAGUGGCACUAGCCCCAGGAGCCUCGGACUCUGUGACCAUGCCUGUGACCUACAAGGAAUACAAGCCCCACCUUGUGGACCAGGGGGCAAUGUUGCUCAAUGUCUCAGGCCAUGUCAAGGAGAGCGGGCAGGUACUAGCUAAGCAGCACACCUUCCGUUUGCGCACCCCAGAUCUCUCUCUUACGGGACAUCGGGGGAAAUGAGACAGUCACACUGCGCCAGACAUUUGUGCCUGUGCGACCAGGCCCCCGACAGCUCAUUGCCAGCCUGGACAGCCCACAGCUCUCCCAAGUACAUGGUGUCAUCCAAGUGGACGUGGCCCCAGCCUCUGGCGGUGGAGUUUUCUCAGAUGCUGGAGGUGACAGUCACUUAGAGGAGAGCAUACCUAUGGCAUCUCGAGGUGGAGCUUAGCCCUGGGCCAGGAGCAAUGGGACUGGAAUCUGAUGAACAAGGACAUUGCCCCAACAUGGGGGACUACCACACAGUAGCUCCCCAGGCUCAGGCAGGAAGGCUGGGGCACCUAGGGAGGCAGUCGAUCUUCACCUAUGCCGAUAAUAAACUGUUUGUUUUUUUUUUAAUGAAGAUACUAUUUAGUAUACCUGUCAAUCUAGGCCAAGAAGUAUGGAGUCACACUGCGCUGGAGAUUUAUGUGGCACUUCUUGAAGGACCUGGUUCUGAGAAUUGUGGCUGGAAGCUAAUAGUGCCGUCUCAGCCACCCAUGAGAUAAAGCUUGCUUAGUUUCAUGUCCACUACACCUAGCCCAAAAUGUAUUUUCAAAUUUCAUGAGUUAAUUAGGCCUGAUAGCACAAGUUUGUGAUCCCAGUUGCUUAGGAAUUAGGAGGAUCUAAAGUUGAAGACCUGAGUUACAGCAUGAGUUCAAGGUUAGCCUAGGUAACUUAGGGAGCCCCUGUCUCAAUGUGAAAAGACCACUGGGGAUCUAGCUCAGGAAGAUGGGCAUGGUAUUUGCCUGGUAUGCUUAAAGUCCUUGUACUAGAAAAAAAUCCUGAAUAAUUUUUAUAGUAGUAAUUAAGUUUAUUUGUUGAAAGUUAACAGAAAUAAUAGGAUCAGCAACAUGGGUCCACAGGUGAAGAUGAUGUUACCAAGAUUUACGACCUAAGUUCCACCCCAGGACCCACACGCUAGAAGGAGGGAGCCCAUUCCAGCUCCCACAGGUUGUCCUCUACAUAAGCCCCUCAUGGCAGAAUUCAGAAGGCUAAAGCAGGAGAAUUGUGAAUUUGGGCUACACAUCAAGACCCUACCUCAAAAAACCAAGCAAGCAGGCAUGAUGCCACCCACACACACACUUCAGGAGACAAAGGCAGGUAGAUUUCUGUGGCCAGCUUGGUCUACACAGUAAGUUGCAGAGCAACAAGGGAUACAUAGUGAAACCCUGUCUCAAAAACAAGCAAACCAAACCAAACAAAAAGUUGAUGAAAAGAGGAUAGUCUUGCUCCCAAGCUAUUCAGGUUCUCCUGACUCUCAGUGGCAGCAGCUUCCUCUCUGCUUAGCCAUGGGGUGCUGGAUGCGUGACCCGGGGCUCCCCUGAAGUGACAUUUCUCAUCCAUCUAUACCUUUCUAUGCAGUCUUAGCCAUUCUCUGAUUUUAAGGACCAUCAGCUCUCAAACUUGCUUAUCUCCUGGCUUCUCAUCCUCUACCAGAUGUCCGAUGGGCACUCCACUCCAGGCGUGGCUCCCUCCUGCGCUGUACCUGUCUUGGUGAAUGGAACUCUGCUUUCCCCAAAUCCUUGCACUUGGAGUCUUGAAGUUGCUCUUGAUUCUUUCCAUCCACAUCCCACAACCAGUCUGUGGGCAAACCCGAUGGGUCUAUGCUACACGCAGACACCCAGAAGCUGGCUGUUGCCACUGCGUCUGUAGCUACACCCACCACAGACUGCUUAAUCCCCUCCAUGCAUCACCGCAUUGAGCUUCCUGACUGUCUUCCCACUUGUCCUUUCUUUACUCAUCACUCAGCCACCACCAGAAUGAUCACAUCAACCGUCUGCUCAAAACCUAACUCCACCCAAAGCCCAAUUCUUAAGACUUGUCACUUUGAGCAGCACCUUUCUGUCCUCUAGUCUCAGUCUUUGGCCUUCACCUAUUGACUUUCUUGGUUGUGUCUCUGUUUCAGAGACUCUUGUGUGACUUCAUCCUUUACUGGAGAAGCCCUUUCCCAGAAACCUCAGUAGCUUGCUUCUUCAUCUUUUUAGUUUUGCUUAACUGUCUCCAUAUUGGCGGGGUCCCCCUUACCACCCAUUUUAAAAUUACAACACCCACACUCCUUAUCCAAUCCCCCUUUGUGCUUUUUCUCUGUAACUCAAAGUAUGUAUCUGAUUCUUUGUAUGAUUGGCUUGUUAGAAAAUUCCCCUUUCCCAAUCUGCCCAUCAUAGUCCAAGCCUCAAACUUGCAAUCCUCCUGCCUCAGAUCCCAAGUGUGCUAUAUUAAAAGCUCACUUUAUCGACAGGCAGUGGUGGUGCACACCUUUAAUCCCAGCACUCGGGAGGCAGAGGCAGGCAGAUCUCUGUGAGUUCAAGGCCAGCCUUUCUAUAGCGUGAGUUCCAGGGUGCUACAUAGAGAAACCCUGUUUUGAAGCAUGCCCCCCCCAAAAAAAGCUCACAUAUCUGGCUCAAAUGUCUUAAAUCUUUUUCUUUUAGCUUUAUUGUAUGUAUGUGUAUGUCUUUUCUGCACGUAUGUAUGUGUACCAUUUGUGUGCCUGGUGCCUGUGGAGGUCAGAAGAGGUCAUCAGAUGCUCUAGAACUGGAGUUGAGGCUGGCCGUGAAUCGCCAUGUGGUGCUGGGGACCAUGAACACUGGCCUUCGGCUAAAGCAACAAGUGCUCUCAACCAUUGAACCAUCUCUCCAGCCCCCGUGUUUGUUUGUUUGUUUGUUUAUUAUGUAUACAACAUUCUGCUUCCGUAUAUAUCUGCACACCAGAAGA